ACCAGCAGAGAGAUCUCAUCUAUCCAAGCCAGCAAGAGCAACCGCGAGCCCUAUAUAAUGGCCGCUCCCACCGUCUCUUCUUCAUCGACCCCUCCCAAACCUCCGAACGCCGCCAUGCUCCAGCCGGCGCCGUACCUUCCCGACAUGGCAGCGCCCAACUCAAACUCCAGCGUCAGCUCCGCGAGCAGCAGCAGCACGGCCAGUGUCGCUGGCCGCUCCUCCACCUUCUCCGUCGACUCGGCCGUCGCCACGCCAACCUCCUCCCCGCCGCGCCCGCAUCGCGCGGGCGACUUGGCGUGGGAGGCCAUCCGUGCCGCCGCGGCGCCGCUCGGCCCGCGGGACUUCACCCUCGUCCGCCGCGUCGGCGCGGGGGACAUCGGCACCGUCUACCUCUGCCGCCUCGAGGCCGAGGGGAACCAGUCGUGCGCCUACGCCAUGAAGGUGGUGGACCGCCGCGCGCUCGCCAAGAAGGGCAAGCUCGGCCGCGCCGCCGCCGAGAAGCGCGUCCUGCGGCGGCUCGACCACCCGUUCCUUCCCACCAUGUUCGCGGACUUCGACGCCGGCACCGACUACUCCUGCAUCGUCAUGGAGUUCUGCCCCGGCGGGGACCUCCACUCCCUCCGCCACCGGAUGCCCGGGAGACGGUUCCCGCUCGCCUCCGCCCGGUUCUACGCCGCCGAGGUGCUCCUCGCGCUGGAAUACCUGCACAUGAUGGGCAUCGUGUACCGCGACCUCAAGCCGGAGAACGUGCUCAUACGCGGCGACGGCCACAUCAUGCUCACCGACUUCGACCUCUCGCUCGAGUCCACGGCCUCCCCGUCGCUCGAGGAGGAAAGGAACGUCGCAGGGGACGACGACGGCGACGACGCGACGGCGUCGAUCCCGACGUGCUUCCCCGAGGUGCACCUCCUCCGGCUGAUGAAAUGGAGACGUCGGGCGGCGCCGCGUCCGCGACCUCGGCCGCGGUUCGUGGCGGAGCCGGUGGACGCGCGGUCCAGCUCGUUCGUGGGCACGCACGAGUACGUGGCGCCGGAGGUGGCGAGCGGCGGCGGGCACGGCGCGUCGGUGGACUGGUGGGCGUACGGCGUGUUCCUGUACGAGCUCCUCUACGGGCGCACCCCGUUCGUGGGCGCCACCAACGAGGCCACGCUCCGCAACAUCGUGCGCGCGCCGCUGGAGUGCCCGCCGCUGCCCGCGGCCACGGCGUCGCACGGGGACGCCGCGGCGGCGCGGGACCUGAUCGCGCGGCUCCUGGACAAGGACCCCAAGGCGCGGCUCGGGUCCCGGCGCGGCGCCGCCGACGUGAAGGCGCACCCGUUCUUCAGGGGCCUCAACUUCGCGCUGCUCAGGUCGUCGGCCCCGCCCGUCGUGCCGCCGCGGGCCGCGCUGCACCUGCAGUGCGGCAAGGCGUCGCCGGACGUGCACAACCUGUUCGAUCAGUUCUGA